GGGCGGGCCCGGGAGGGCGGAAGGAGCUCCAGGCCGGAAGGAGGCCGCGGAGGGCGGGAGGCAGGAGCGGGCCCGGAGCUGCUGGGCCGGAGCGGCAGAGCCGCCAUGUCCGACAGUGAGAAGCUCAACCUGGACUCGAUCAUCGGGCGCCUGCUGGAAGUGCAGGGCUCGCGGCCUGGGAAGAACGUGCAGCUGACGGAGAAUGAGAUCCGCGGCCUGUGCCUCAAAUCCCGGGAGAUCUUCCUGAGCCAGCCCAUCCUUCUGGAGCUGGAGGCGCCCCUCAAGAUCUGCGGUGACAUCCAUGGCCAGUACUACGACCUCCUGCGGCUGUUUGAGUACGGGGGCUUCCCUCCGGAGAGCAACUACCUCUUCCUGGGGGACUACGUAGACCGGGGCAAGCAGUCGCUGGAGACCAUCUGCCUGCUGCUGGCCUACAAGAUCAAGUACCCCGAGAACUUCUUCCUGCUCCGCGGGAACCACGAGUGCGCCAGCAUCAACCGCAUCUACGGCUUCUACGAUGAGUGCAAACGGCGCUACAACAUUAAACUGUGGAAAACGUUCACCGACUGCUUCAACUGCCUGCCCAUCGCCGCCAUCGUGGACGAGAAGAUCUUCUGCUGCCACGGAGGUCUGUCCCCCGACCUACAGUCCAUGGAGCAGAUUCGGCGUAUCAUGCGGCCCACAGACGUGCCCGACCAGGGGCUGCUGUGUGACCUGCUGUGGUCUGACCCCGACAAGGACGUGCAGGGCUGGGGCGAGAACGACCGCGGCGUCUCCUUCACCUUCGGGGCCGAGGUGGUGGCCAAGUUCCUGCACAAGCACGACCUGGACCUCAUCUGCCGGGCACACCAGGUGGUCGAGGACGGCUACGAGUUCUUUGCCAAGCGGCAGCUGGUGACCCUCUUCUCAGCUCCCAACUACUGCGGCGAGUUUGACAACGCCGGCGCCAUGAUGAGCGUGGACGAGACGCUCAUGUGCUCCUUCCAGAUCCUCAAGCCCGCCGACAAGAACAAGGGGAAGUACGGGCAGUUCAGCGGCCUGAACCCCGGCAGCCGGCCCAUCACCCCGCCCCGGAACUCCGCCAAAGCCAAGAAGUAGCCUCCGUGGCCGCCCUCUGCCCCGAUGGUGGAUUGUACAGAAGCCACAGCGCGGGGCCGUGCAGAUGCAGGCCUGCUGUCACAGGGAACAUGGAGCCUUGAUGUAUUUUCCUCUUUUUAAUGAAUCAGUAGCAGUGUCCAAGCCCCCAGGGCUCCCUCUGCCUGUGCCUCGGUGGCUGCGAGCAGGAUCCUGGGGCUGAGGCUGAAGCUCAGGGCAAAGCAGGGCCAGAUCGUGGGUCUCCAGCCUUGCUUGGCCUCAGGGCUGGCAGCCGGAUCCUGGGCCACCCAUCUGGUCUCUUGAAUAAAGGUCAAAGCUGGA